CAACAUUGGAGGAAAGUGGAAGUUAGGUGUAGUGAGCGGGCGGGGCAAGAUGCCGCCCGUGCAGAGAUCAUCGAGGGCUAAUCUGCACGAUUAUAAGAAUAAGUUCAAAAUCUUAGGGCAGGCCAAGGAGACGCAGUACUGGCAGUUGCUGUCGAGCUUUCUGAGCUUCAAGCUCUCGAAAGCGGAGUUGGACAAGCAGGUGCUGUCCACAAUUGGCAAGGAGAAUGUCGUCCUGCACAACCAGUUUCUGCGAGCUAUAUUUUCCAAUGCUCUCUGCAACGAGCCCCCGCCUCCUCCCUCCUCAUUUGUGCACGACAUCUCCAAGCCCGUCAAGGGCAUUCGGAGGAAGCCUUUGGUGGCAUCCAUCUCCAAUGAAGAGCCCGGUCCCGGAUCGCCUGUACCGGCAAUUCGCACCAAUGGCGAUGGAGCCAUUCCUUCUUCGCCUAAGAAGGGACGGUCCGCUAUUCGCGACCGCAAGGCCAAGGAGAGGCCGAGUCCGCUGGGAUUUCACCACAGAGGUGAAGCUUCGACGUCUCAAGGAGGCAGCGCGGACGAGGAAACUCCGAGGAGCUUGGAAAAUGGAGGUCUUAAGACCCCUGACAUGUCCCGGCCAGUCCAGCAGUAUCCUUAUCCCGCCGAGCACUCGAAUUUAGAGCUCUCGAGUCCAGUUCCGCCAGCGGCCAAGCGACCUCGCCUUGGGUUUACAGGGUCCGGAGCUGUCUUGCCCGGAGAUGGCAAAUCUGGGUCAGGUCACGUCGGCAGGGAGAUGGAAGUGGACGAUGCGGAAGAUGAUUUGUAUGAGGAGGAAAGUGACGAGGAGGACAUUUUCGGUAUGCCCAAUGGGUUUAUCAAGCCUCCCAUGGGCUGCGUGGUCAGCUAUGGGGGACCUCGCGUGGAAAGAUUCAUCAACAAGUUCCCGCCACCCCCUGUCACUCAAACUUUGCUUGGGGAUAAGCUAGAGGAGGAAAUUCUGGACGGUGAUUAUUUACCGGACACUGAGAGGUUGCACAGAAGUAUGCAGCUAAUGGCUGCAGAGAAAGGAUUGGAGGAUGUAAAUCUCGAGACAGCUCGCUGUGUGAAUAAAGCUUUGGAUGUGUAUCUGAAGGCAAUAAUCCAACCGCUUAUAGAGCUUGUCAAGUCACGCCGGUCGAGAAACUUAGGAGAGAACAGGGAUAUGCCAAGUGGCCCAAAGGAGAAUGGUGGCAGUGUUGGGAAAGAAGCGAGAAAGGACAAUGCUGUUCUUGUGCACAAGCAGUUGAAUGGCCCCUGGUCAGAUCACAUCCCAUCAAGAGAGGGAACUGUAUCGUCAGGUGAAGGAUCAUGCGAUGAACCAGGCAAACACAGGGCCCUAAUUUCUUCCCUCGAUUUGAAAGUUGCCAUGGAUCUGAAUCCCAAGGUUUUGGGAGAAGAUUGGCCAACUCAUUUGGAGAAGAUCUCUUUCAGAUCCUUUGAUCCAUAGUAAACUUCUUUCGACCCGGCCGAGAUACUGAUCAAUCAGCUCAGACACCCUUGUGAAUUAUCAAGGCAGCAGAUCAAGGUUCAGAUAAUUUUGUGAAUUCUAUUAGCGGCCCUUUCCUAUUAUUUUCCUUUCUUUCCGUUCGAAAGCUGUCUACAUAGUUCACUCCAGCCAACUCCCAUCACAUCAUUUUUUGAUUCCUGUCCUCUAUCUGUUUGUAUCGGCCACACCCAUGCACUGUGACUCUGAUUACCCUACCAGUAAUAAUACUAAGUUAUAAUUAGUAGGAAGUCAGACUUUUGGUCACAGGCGAAGAUGAGGAUGAUGUCGCAGGGCUGAGUUGGAGAUGUACGUGUAUUGUAUAUAGAGUUUGAAGGUAAACAACAGGUGAAGUGCCAUGGUGGUCAAGCACGAGGGAUCAAGCCGUCUUAUUACUUGCCUACUGGCCACUUCGGGUUAAGCACGAGGACCAGAUGAUGCAGUUGAGAGGGCUGUCAGUUGCAACUGGGCUGCCACUUUGUUCCAGUAUAGGUUCGGAUUUUUGCUGAUUGAGGAGGUUUUUCUGUCAGACGGGCCACAAGAGUUGCACACUCAACAAGCUGUAGAGGAGGCCACAAAUGUAACGCAAGAUAAAUCAAACGACAGUUCACUGGGAUGUUGGUAGCGGAUUGGGCACUACUGAUGAAAAGCUCUCAGUGGAUCUGAGGAGUUGUAAUUUUCGCCGUGGUUUUUGUCUCUGGAACAAGUAACUAGUGACUUGCCAACCACAAGUUAGUGAUCAUCGUUGGAAGUCAGAGAAGGUUGCGAAGUGGGUCCUUGCUUGUUAAGGAGAUUGGUUUGCAAGCUCUUGAUCUCUGAAGGUGCACAUCACAAGGAAUCUUUCUCAGUCGGAUGGAUUGACUAUAUUUAAUUAGUGGUACUUCACCAUUCUGCAAUGUAUCAAAAGCCCCAAUGACGUUUCGAAUAGCAGAAGGGGAAGGAGGAUAACUGGAGAUUGUUGAAGAUUUUGCACAUUGUGAUCGACCUUGAAAAUAGCAGCCUCACAAUUGAUAUUAUACAUUGCCUCAAGUGUAUCAAUCUACUACAGAGACCAGGUUGGGUUUCAUGUGUUUAUCUCUUCGUGUCCGGGCGUAUUUGUUGAGAGUUUUCAAACUGUGUAUUGGAUUUUCUCUGUUUGGAAAACAACGGUUGGCUUCUCUGCGAAUUGUAUUAUAUUUAAUGUCUCGUCUUGUACAGGUAUGAGAAAGAGAUUAACCAUGGAUGAAAAGCUUGAUACUUGUACGAUGUGUUACUGCUCUCGAACACACUCUUGUUCUUGAAAGCCAAGACAAAUAGAUGUCCAUUACAGCAUCAUCGGAAAGUGGAAGUGGUGUAACGAAGUGCAUUUUUUAUAUGAUUGGUAUUAUACCUCUAGUGCUUUGCAAGCAGUAAGUGUACAGCAAUUUGUAGCUAUUCGCAGUUUAGUUUUUGCUCACACCAAUUGUAUAGCAUGUGCAUAUUUCAUGUCUUGAUUAUGUAUUUAUAAUCAGGAUCAUGUACAACCUGUGUGUUUCAUUGUUUCGUAUUAUCUUUUUUAGAAGCCUAAAGAUGAAGUAUAUUGGCUGCCAUCUUUGCUGGCCAGGUUCAUUCUGGUUCCUACGAA